CCUCUCUCUCUCUCCACUGCCCUCCCUGCUGGAGUUAUUGCCUUGUUCAUCACCUGGCUUGGUAGCUUCAAGCUCCUCCUGUUCUCCUUUGGUCUGGGCCCACUUUCAUCUGGCCCACCACUAAACUCCCUCCUCCUCUUCAUCUUCACCACUUGUCUCCCAAUCAAGGCAAAGCAAGAUGGACAACACCACCACCAAAUUGCUCCAAACCACAAGACACCUCAAAACCCUAAAUUGCCUCUCAAUUUGCCAACCAAAGUCUUGCUUUUUGGCAUAUUGGUUGCUCUAACUGACUUCACAAAAUAUGUGCACCCCAACAUUUUAUUAGCCCAGUAUUGCUGCAUGUUGUAUCUUUUUGUGGACAUAAUAGUAGGCUUGAGCAAUGCUACCAUGCGAGCCCUUCUUGGCAUGCAACUCGAAUCACCGUCCAAUGAGCCUUACCUUUCAACUUCGCUACAAGAUUUCUGGGGCCGGAGGUGGAACCUCAUGGUAACAAAUACACUGCGUCACACCGUACAUAAGCCCAUGCGGUCGGCUAUGGAGACCUUCUUGGGGCCUAAGUGGGCCCCGCUGCCGGCCGUCUUGGCAGCCUUUUUAGUAUCCGGUCUGAUGCACGAGCUCAUAUUUUUCUUCAUGACACGUGUGCCUCCCACGUGGGAAGUGACGUGGUAUUUUGUUCUCCAUGGGAUGUGUUUGGUGGUGGAGUUUGGUGUGAAGAGAGCGUUAAGUGGUGGAAGGUGGCAGCUGCAUUGGAUUGUGUCAACGCCAUUGACCAUCGUGUUUGUGGUGGUGACCGCGACUUGGCUGUUCUUUCCACCGUUAGUGAGGAACGGCGUGGACGCAAGAGCUAUUGAAGAGUGCAAGGAAUUGGUAGAAUUUAUGAAGGAAAAGUUAAAAUGGGAUGGUCUGCACAAAAUUUAAGCGCUCUUGUUGCUUUAAUUGUUUGUACUCAUGUGUUUAAAAUUGUUUAUUUUGAGGCUAAACUGGUGAUUAGCUCCCGGAAUUUGUACUUAACUUUCAAUUGAUUUCAUAUCCUUUUUUUUAGAAAAUUAAGGAUAUGAACUUUUUUUCUUCGCCAAUUUCCGUCUGUCGUAUAAAUCCUCAACAUUUCAAUAAUCCUAUUUUAGAGAAUUAA